AUGAAUAAAGAAGUGUGUAAAAGUUUUAUGAGUGUAUGGGAUUUUUUCCCCGAUGAAUUAGAAGAAAAUAAAUAUAAAUUUAAUAAUAAUAAUUUUUUAGAUAGUUAUUGUGUUAGUAAUAGUUGUGAUACUGAUCUCGCAAAAAUUAAUGGUGGAUCUUUAUAUCUUUUUAAUAAAUUCUUUGGGAGUUCUGAAUUUUUUGAGUCUGUUGCAAAUAGUAACAUCAAUAUUGUUGAGUACAUUUUGAUAUGGUUAAGUUAUAUGUUAAACCUAAAGCAACAAGUAGGAGAUGAGACCAAUCUACAAUACUUUUAUAAAAUGUAUGUACUGAAUCAUGAAAAGUAUAAAAAUUCUAUAAUGGGUGUUGAUGGGUAUACUAGUUAUAAGGAGCUUAUAGAUAAAAAAACAUAUUUUUUGGAUAUGGAUAAAAAAAUUAUAUCUAAUUUUUAUGAAGCAUUUAAAUUAUUAUGUGAAAUGUAUAAUGAAUUUGAUGAUAACUCACAAUUUUGCGCAAAAUGUUCGGAAAAUGCUAAUCAAUUUAUUAAUAAAUAUAGAGAAAUGAAUAAAAAUUCUGAUAUUACUAAUAAUAGUUCCUAUAAUGAACUAUUGUCUACUUUAUCAAAAGAUUAUGAUAAUUUUAUAAAUAAAUAUAAUAAUAAUCAACAUUUCAAAUCUUCACCUCUUCCAGCGAUAGAAGAAAUACAAACAUCUGGACAAAUUUCUGGAGAUAUAUCAUCAAGUUCAUCGGUGACAAACAAAUUAUUUACAGUUUUAUCGAUAUUUGGUGCAAUAGCAUUUCUUUUAGGAACUUCUUACAAGUAUUCGCUAUUUGGAUUUCGGAAACGAUUUCAAAAACAAAAAUUAAGAGAAAAAAUAAAAAAUAUAAAGAAGAGGAUAAAUCAUUAA